CUUCUUAAAUUGAGUUUCAAGGAACCGAAACGGAUUUGUGGGCUUCCGUUCUGACGUCAGAACAUUAGACGAACCCACGUGGUUAAUAAAAAUACCAUGGCGGCUGGAUUCAAAACUGCUGAGCCCUUGGAAUAUCACCGGAGUUUUCUGAAAGAGAACUGCCGUCCUGAUGGAAGGGAGCUGGGUGAAUUCAGAACCACUACAUUGAAUAUAGGUUCUAUAUCCACAGCAGAUGGCUCAGCCCUGGUGAAGAUUGGAAACACCACAGUCAUGUGUGGCAUCAAAGGGGAACUGACAAGCCCAGCAGUGGAUGCACCUAAUAAAGGCUACAUUGUACCCAAUGUAGACCUGCCUCCUCUGUGUUCGUCUCGGUUCCGUCCUGGACCUCCAGGAGAACAGGCUCAGGCCGCCAGCCAGUUCAUCGCUGAUGUCAUAGAGAGCUCUGCCGUCGUCCAGAAAGAGGACUUAUGCAUUGUGAAAGGAAAGCUGUGUUGGGUCCUGUACUGCGACAUCAUGUGUCUGGACUAUGACGGCAACUUGUUGGACGCCUGUCUCAUCGCCCUGCUGGCUGCUCUCAAGAACGCACGUCUCCCAGAGGUGACAGUCAACAAAGAGACCGAGGUUCCUGAGGUGACCCUGGAGAACAGGAGAGGUCUGAACAUCCACAAACACCCUGUAGGGGCCUCUUUCAUUGUGUUUGAUGACUCUAUAAUGAUUGUCGACCCCACCGCUGAGGAAGAGAGCCUGUCUACGGCCACUAUCACAGUGGUAACGGACGAGGAAGAGCGACUCUGUGCCCUCCACAAGCCAGGUGGUACGUCAUUAUCAGGUGAGAAGCUUCAGGAUUGUAUCAGCCGAGCCACGACGAGACACAGGGAGGUCCGCAAACUCAUCGACAAAGUCACACAGAGCGACAAGACACCGAAAUAAACACACACACACACACUUAUUUUUCUCUAAAAGUUGUAUUUUCCUGUCAAUAUAUAUUUUCUUUAUCACAACAAACUGCUGAUAAAGACCAUUUAAAACAUUCUGCCUCAGUGUCCCAGAAAUGUCUCACACAAAUAUACACUUGUUCUUGACUGCCCAGCCAUCCCACCCUCCCACACUAGUACAAGAAAAUGCCGUAUGAAAAACGCACUCAGCAAUUGCAUGCUGGGAAAACAAGUUCUCUGUGUUCGGCGUCAUGAUCAUCUUCCCGCAGAGAGAGCUAUUCUAUGACCGUAAAAUGGCACACUAUUUCCUACAUAGUGCACUAGUUUUAACCAGAGCCUGAUCAACAGUAGCACACUAUGAAGGGAAUAGUGACCCAUUUUCAGAUGCACCCAAAGCCAUGGAGAAUCGGGCACGGUCGUUGACGAGGAGUCUGAGUUGUGCUGUCCGUCCAUGAGUUAGGCUCUGUUCGAGUCGCCGCAGGGGGGGCAUAACAGGACAGCCGUCAGGGGGGAGGAAACACCUCCCACUAACAAAAGAACACAUCUUAAUUUCCUAACACAUUUCAAAAAUAGGUUUAUUUUAAAAACGGUGGGUUCUCUGUUUCUAAAAAACAGUUCUAUGGUCGUCAGGACAACCUGAUUCGGGCUCACACCAACCAAAAGCAUAACACUCUACACCCAUAACCUCUCAAUAUGGUCAACACACCGUUAUGACCCAUGUAUUUAUCCCGGUUGUGAUAUUGUGUUAUUUUAUGGCUGGUCAAAACCCACACUAACUCAAGUCAGUUUUUUUCCCCAGGCAAAGUUCCUUUAAAAAAAAAA